AUAGUUGUCGUCUCCCGUUUCUUCUCUCUAUCGCUUUGCACGUCUUGGAAUUCAAUCUCGCACCGAUCCAUCCUCACACUAAAACCCCUUCCAUCUCCAGAUCUCUCCCCCCUUCCAUGGAUCCUCCUCCUUCUAUGGAUCAGCUUAAUCGAACCGUCCCUACCGCAUGAUGGUGGUGGUGGUGGAUGCAGGCGAAAGGCCAAUGAUGCCAGACAAUGCAGCGGAGCAGCCACUUUCGCCGAAAGAUGAGAGGAUUAUUUCAACGUAUCCUCCUACGGAUGCAGCCAACGUUGGGUCUUCUAGUGACUCAGGAAUCCCCAAUCCAGCAGCCGCAUACCUCAUUCCCACCCAUUUUCCUUACGAAUGGAAUGUUAUGCCCACUGGUUAUGGGCCAAGUGUCAAUAGCUGGGAUGGAUAUCCUCAAUAUGCUACACCUGAGGCGCUGCAUGUUCCACCGGUUGUCUACAAUGAAAACCCAUCUCUAAUGUAUCACCCUAGUUUUAGCUUCAACCCCUUCCCACCCAUGAUGUUGGAGGGCCAACUGCUCGCUACGCAGCAAAUACCAAUCUCCCCAGCCUAUUUCCAGCAUCUUGGUGUUUCUUCAGCAAUUCCUCUUACCCCAUCGGAAAGCGGUGGUGACAGUGCUCUUCUAGACCCAGUUUCAGGUUAUGUGUUUUCUUUCGGGCAAUAUGGUGGAGGUCGCUUAUCUGGGAAUCUGGGGAUCAACUCCUUAGCAUCUCCGCUGCCAUAUCCUCAAACAAUGGGUAUACUUGGGCCAUACGAACAAAAUGCUGCACAGUUACCAUUGCAUGGGUGUGGAGUUGCUCCAAGUUCUUCCUUGGGAGGUUAUCCUCAUACAGAAUCUUACCAGAGUCCUAACUUGGCUGCUUCGUGUUAUGGAGCUGAUAACCCAGUCAGAUUCACCCUUGACAAAGGUAAAAGGCGAGAGAAUGAUCAAAGUUCAGUUUCCACCACCAGUGAUCCAUAUGGAAAUAGAGGACCGAGGGCUUCCAUGGUAAAGAACAAGAACAGCUUCAAACCAAGCUCUACUGUUGGUGACUCAAAGAACUAUUCGACUACAGAUGUAACAAAUCCCAGUUUGUACAGCCAUCCAGAUUUUGUGACAGAAUACAAGAAUGCCAAAUUCUUUAUCAUCAAAUCUUUUAGUGAAGACAAUGUUCACAGAAGUAUUAAGUAUAGUACAUGGGCCAGUACACCCCAUGGAAGCAAAAAAUUGGAUACGGCUUAUGGUGAAGCUAAGCAAAUAGGUGGAGAAUGUCCAGUCUUUCUGUUUUUCUCGGUAAAUGCUAGCGGACAGUUUUGUGGGGUGUCUGAAAUGGUUGGACCGGUAGAUUUUGACAAGGAUGCUGCUUACUGGCAACAGGACAGAUGGAGUGGGCAAUUCCCAGUGAAAUGGCAUAUUGUAAAAGAUGUACCCAAUAAUCGAUUUUGUCACAUACUUCUUCGAAACAAUGACAACAAGCCGGUGACGCACAGCCGAGACUCUCAGGAGGUGAAGCUAGAACAGGGGAUUGAGAUGCUGAGGAUUUUCAAAGAAUACGAGGUGCAGACAUCGAUCCUAGAUGAUUUUGGGUAUUAUGAUGAGAGAGAGAAAUCAGCAGAGGAACGGAAAAAGGUGGGAGAGAACAGUAGGAGAAGCCAGAGAGGCGAUCAGGAAGCCUCCACAGAGCUAAUAUCAGAACGUGUGUGUCAAGUUCUAACACUGAGAGAUGGGGAUGCAGCGGAUGACAAGGGGAGAGGAAGGGAGUGAGGUAAAUCAUAAGAAGAAGGGAUUGUGGUAAGAGAGUAGAAAGGGUCAUUCUUUUUUGGGUAUGGUGACAACAUGGGAGGGGAGGAGGGGGAUAUCAUUUGUUUUUUUUUUCUAGGCUCAAAUUUCGGGGCGGCUGUAUACUAAGGUUCACUACUAAUUGAAUUCAUGUAGCAUCUUGAUGAUUAUCGCUAGCCCUCUUGUUCUUGUUCUCUCUGUAGUGUUUCUCUUUUUGUGGGUUGCUUUUGGUUUUGGAUAGCCAAACUAAUAAGACUGACAGAAACUGCAGUUGUGGUGGAAUUUGUUCAUCAUGAUUCAUGUUCGUUAAGCAAAGCAUGUAUAGUGGCAGGAAAUUUGUGAAGUCUUCCGAGCAGCAACAGUUUUCAAGUUUAAAUGGCAUAAUGAGCUCAUGGGAUUACACGCCUUUUGGUUGCCUGCCCAUCUCCCUCUGUCGUUGGUCGACCCAGGUGCUUCUGACACGAUGCUGCUCCUCCUUCAUUGGCCUCCUCUUCCCUAAUGCUUAGAAGUUGCUGUUCUCAACUAGAUAUUUUCGGGGUUAAGAAAUUUAUAUUACUCCUUUAACGUCUGCCAAUAAUAUGUUAUCUUUUUCCAUGGAAUUUUUAUCAUCUUUCAGAUAUGGAGUUCGAGGGUUGGUAAGACCGCACAGGAGAUACCAGAUGAUCAUAUAGAUGUAAUUCUUGCACACAAUGGAUCAAUAGGUUUAGGUUCUCAAGCGGAGGAUGUCUGUGGAAAAGACUCGGACCCUGAAGGUGGUGAUCCAGGUGGUUUCAGCAACCACUGUCUUCUCAAUUUUGCAACACUUUAUCAUAGUCCAUGUUUUAGCUUCCUGAAUGUGGUUGUGGCCAGCAUCUGACCUUGUUUAAUUAAAUACGAGAAGGUUAUAUACCUACGGAACACAACAACGUAAUGCAACAAGGUUGUCAAUUCUAUUAGUUGUGUUUGGAUGCAUAAUGUGCUGAGGUCAGGAAAGAGGAGUGACAGAGGCUUAAUGAGAAACGGAAAAUGGAUGGGCCAGAGCAGCAAGAGCUUUCACCGUGGUAGAGAUUUUAGAUGGAAAUAGUCGAGAAAAUAGCAGAAACUUGGGUGUACGUAAAUGGAAGUGAUGCCAGAAUUGUGGAGGAGAAUGCCCCUUGUUUUGAAUCUGGUCAGUCCAUGUGAUAAAAUAGCAGGU